AUGGUCGAAAAGCAUCAACCUGACGGAACGAGUGCUUCCAUCAGCAGCGUCAAAGCACAUGAAGCAGGCGACCAACAUGUCGUAUUCGACAAUGAGAAAAUAGCGGUCGAAAACAGCCACACUUAUGAUCUCGAAGAGAAUGGACGAACGAUACACGGUGCCAAACGUGGCCUGAAUGCUCGACACAUUCAAAUGAUUUCGCUUGGCGGUGCCAUUGGCACUGGUCUUUUUCUGACAUCGGGUGGAAAUAUAGCCACGGCUGGUCCCGCUGGUGCCCUUAUUGCUUAUUGUGUCAUUGGUAUCAUGGUAUACUGCGUCAUUACCUCACUCGGUGAAAUGGCAACCUUUAUUCCUGUAUCCGGUUCGUUCAAUCAUUUUGCAACUCGAUUUGUUGAUCCUGCUCUUGGUUUUGCUCUUGGUUGGAAUUAUUGGUUCUCGGCUGUAACUCUUGCAACAGAACUAUCGGCCGCAGCCACAAUCAUCAAUUGGUGGAGCCCUGUGAUGCCCGAUGCAGCAUGGUGUACCAUUUUCCUUCUUGUUCUCAUCGCCAUUAACCUCGUUGGUGUUCGCAUCUAUGGUGAAAUCGAAUACUGGUUCGCAUUGAUCAAGAUUUUGAUUGUCAUUGUCUUUAUCAUCAUCGCCAUUUGUGUAGCAGCUGGUGGUCUUGGUGACGAAACUCUUGGUUUCAAGUACUGGAAAGAUCCAGGCGCAUUCGUCAAUGGUGGUUUGGGUUUUGUCAGCGUGCUCCUUACUGCUGGUUUCUCUUUCCAAGGUACCGAAAUUGUUGGUAUCACUGCCGGUGAAGCCAAGAACCCCACAAAGACUGUACCUCGUGCCAUUCGCAAUACUUUUUGGCGUAUCAUCAUCUUCUAUAUCGUGACCAUCUUUUUACUUGGCUUGUGUCUUCCCAGCAAUGACCCAAAUCUCGAAAACGAUGAGGAAAACGCCGCAACCGCUUCUUUCACCCUCGUUUUCCAGAAGGCUGGCAUCGAUGUGGCGGCUCAUGCUGUUGUAUUGUCAAGCGUCUUGUCAGCAGGGAACUCCGAUAUCUACACUUGCUCUCGUACACUAUUGGGUCUCGCGCAUGAUGGCAAUGCUCCCAAGUUCUUUUCCAAGACCAACCGAUUUGGCUCCCCUUAUUGGGCCGUGCUAUUCUCAUCAUCCAUCGGUUUCAUUUGUGUAUUUGCUGCCAUUUACAGUGCCACUGAAGCCUUCAACUGGUUCUUAAACAUCACCGCUGUUACUGGUUUCAUCAGCUGGUGGGGCAUUGUGUUGAUCCAUUUGCGAUUCCGACGUGCAUACAAGCGACAAGGUCGUAGCUUGGCUGAUUUGCCAUACAAGGCAUUUGGAUUUCCUAUUGCACCCUUGUUCGCCUUGUUGUUCUGUUCAUUUGUCAUUUUGGGCCAAGGCUAUGAAUCCUUUACACCAACCUUUGAUGGCGUGGCAUUUGUGAGCAGCUACAUUGGUAUCUUGCCAGCCAUUCUUUGUUAUAUAAUCUACAAGGUCGUUCGUCGUACACGACUUGUGCCCCUCGAUGAAGUUGACUUUGAACGUGGACAUGUCACUCGUUUCGAGAUUGAGCAAGAAGCUGCUGAGGAGAAGAACAUGCCAUGGUACAAGAAGGUUAUCGAGGCAGUUGCAUAG